AUGAAAAGUUCUCAAAAAUAUAGUAAUUUGGGAUAAUUUUUAGACAAUAGUCAUUUUAUGCCAACUCUGACUUCUUGUAAUAACAAAUUAUGCAUGAAAUCUUAAUUAUCUGCUCAAGGAUGCAGAAAAAUAUCCAUUCAUGACGAAAUUGUACAAAGAAAAUAAGGUAGAGGAAAAAACGUAUUAGAAGUCUCAUAAGAUGAUGUAUGAAUUUUUAAUUAUAGUAAGAAACUGUUUCACAAAGGACAAGGAAGCAUCCAUUCUUAUAGGAGUCCUAAGAACUGUCUUACAAAGGGUAAAACAUUAGUAAGUUAGACUGAGGUGAUAAAUAAGGUCAGUCCUAGGUUGUUAUCUCCAAAAUAAUAGAAAGAAGUAAUUGAAUAUUUACAAAAAAAAAAUGAGUAAUUAGUUCUGGAGAACAAACAAAAAUAAUAAAUAAUAAACAGAUUAAUAUAAUCUGGCGAUCAUACAAUAAAAAUCAACCAAAUUUAAACACCAUAAAAAGAGUAAUUUUUACCUCAAAUUCCAAAAUCAGUAGAAUCAUAGAGAAAUAAGGUAAAUGAUAUUAGAUUUCCAUAAAUUAAAACCCCAGAACCAUAUAUAGAACAUAGGAUAACAAAAAAGAAUGUAAUAAAUGAAAACACUAGAAAUGAACAUUAAAAUAUAUUUAAUGUAAGUUUUGGAAAUCAACUGAAUUUAAAUGAUGGAACUAAUCAGCAAAAUAAUUAAAUUCCUUGUUAAAAUUCAAGAUUUUAACCUCUCAAUAAAAAAUAGUCACAUCCAAUUCAAACAGUUAAAAAAUCCCACUUUUCAAAAUUAUUAUUAAAGUUACCUUAAGAGUUUCAUUUAAGUAGUGAAAAUUAAUAGAGGUAAAUCUGA